CCAUUAAAGAAAAGCUUAAGAUGCUGUUGCUGCGUUUAGCUAAUAAAGUAGAUAUGCUGCUAACAUUUGACCACAUUCAUCCCCUCACUUCUCAAGCGCCGGAGCUCAUUCCGAUCGAUUCAGAGGCGGAUUGCAGGCUCGUUGCAUUGAGAGAGGACUGAAAAGAUUCCAGUAACUUCGAAAAAUGGAUUGUAACUGCUUCGACUCACCAUGGCCACCGGAUGACCUGUUGAUGAAGUAUCAGUAUAUAUCGGAUUUCUUCAUUGCGUUGGCGUAUUUCUCGAUCCCUUUGGAGCUGAUAUACUUUGUCAAGAAAUCUGCUGUUUUUCCUUAUAGAUGGGUGCUUGUGCAGUUUGGGGCUUUUAUUGUUCUUUGUGGAGCGACGCAUCUGAUAAAUUUAUGGACGUUUAACAUGCAUACGAGGACCGUGGCACUUGUGAUGACUAUUGCCAAGAUGUUGACGGCUGCUGUGUCGUGCGCAACAGCCCUUAUGCUAGUGCAUAUCAUCCCGGAUCUGUUGAGUGUCAAAACGAGGGAGCUGAUUUUGAAGAAUAAGGCGGCGGAGCUGGAUAGAGAGAUGGGAUUGAUUCGUACGCAGGAAGAGACCGGUAGGCAUGUUCGGAUGCUGACUCAUGAAAUCAGAAGCACUCUUGAUAGGCACACGAUACUGAAGACUACGCUUGUUGAGCUCGGGAGGAUGUUGGGUUUGGAAGAGUGUGCUUUGUGGAUGCCGACGCGGACAGGGCUGGAGCUCCACCUUUCGUACACGCUCCGCCACCAGAAUCCGGUUGGUUUGACCGUGCCAAUACAGCUGCCUGUGAUCAAUCAAGUUUUCAAUACUAGUCGUGCUGUGAAAAUCUCUCCGAACUCCCCCGUUGCCCGGCUUCGGCCUGCUGGGCAGUACAUGCCAGGGGAUGUGGUUGCUGUGCGCGUUCCGCUCCUUCAUCUGUCCAAUUUCCAGAUCCACGAUUGGCCGGAACUGUCUACUAAAAGAUACGCGUUGAUGGUUUUGAUGCUCCCUUCGGACAGCGCUAGGCAGUGGCACGCACAUGAGUUGGAGCUCGUUGAAGUGGUGGCGGACCAGGUCGCUGUUGCUCUAUCCCACGCUGCAAUUUUGGAAGAGUCGAUGAGGGCAAGGGAUCUUCUUAUGGAACAGAACGUUGCCCUGGAUCUGGCGAGAAGAGAAGCAGAGACUGCUGUGCGCGCUCGCAACGAUUUCCUGGCUGUCAUGAACCACGAAAUGAGAACUCCUAUUCAUGCGAUAAUUGCUCUUUCAUCCUUAUUACUUGAAACUGAGCUCUCGCCUGAGCAACGUCUAAUGGUUGAAACGAUCCUUAAGAGCAGUAACCUCUUGGCUACCCUUAUCAACGACGUAUUGGAUCUCUCGAGGCUUGAAGAUGGUAGCCUUCAACUUGAGAUAGGAAUCUUCAACCUUCAUUCACUUUUCCGAGAGGUCCUUAAUUUGAUAAAACCUAUUGCUUCCGUGAAAAAUCUACAUGUUACGUUGAAUUUGUCCCCUGAUUUGAUUGAACAUGCCGUUGGUGAUGAAAAACGGCUUAUGCAAGUUCUUCUGAAUGUCGUUGGGAACGCUGUAAAGUUCACAAAAGAGGGAGGCAUCUCAGUAUCUGCUUUCGUUGCAAAGUCCGACUCUCUAAGAGAUCCUCGAGCCCCGGACUUUUUCCCUGUACCUAGUGACAACCACUUCUAUUUGCGCGUAGAGGUAAAAGAUACCGGUGCAGGAAUCAACCCGCAAGAUGUCCCUAAGCUAUUCACGAAAUUCGUGCAGAGCCAACCGCUUAGUACCAAAAAUUCCGGCGGCAGUGGAAUUGGCCUAGCCAUUUGUAAGAGGUUUGUGAAUCUCAUGGAAGGGCACAUUCGGGUGGAGAGUGAAGGUCUUGGAAGAGGUUCCACUGCGAUCUUCAUCGUUAAACUCGGAGUUCCUGGUCGCCUAAAUGAGUCCAAGCUUCCGUUGUUGCACAAAGGCCCUGGGAAUCAAGCGAAGCAAAACUUCUCCGGGGUUAAAGUUGUUGUGAUGGAUGAUAAUAGCUUAUAGCAUGGAUACUGUCUUGAAACUCGAUAACGGUAGAAAGGGGAAGUGCUGACGUAUGGCGAAACGUGAAAUGUGUCGUGUGCCAAUUGCAGCCUCUCGAUGGUUGCAGCGGAUUGAUAGUCACACAAGCUUUCGAAGGAGUUUUGAAGAUGAGGAUUGAGCUGCUUGUUGAUGAUGCAAAGGUAGAUGAGUCAGUUUGAUUUUGUACAGUUCUGUGUAAUCUUAUUUUCUUGAUACUAUGUUAGAAUUUGAUGGUUUGAGGAGUUUUAGCUAUUGAGAAAAUCAGGCCUGCAUUUAUUUAUAUCAAGUGAUUAGAUUAUGAUUGUUUUGGCAAGUUUGAAAUUUCAGACUUGAGAGAUCAUUUUAGUGAGAUAUAUUAUAGUACAUUGCUAUUUGGCUUUUA